GGUGCACUUUGACAUUUUGGCAACUGCGCAGUUGUGAGUGCACAUUGGCACAUUGUUACUGCGCAGUUGUGAGUGCGUGUCGGCAUAUCGACACUGCGUUGUUGUGUGUAUGCGUGUUAAUAUUGCAUCAUCCUUUCUGUGUGUUGUGAUUGGUUGUCUGCAUUUUGUAGUUUUAAGAAAAGUCGUUAAUGCGGGGCGACAGCGUGUCGCCGCUGUCGCCGAGUGUGGUUCGAUGGCUCAGGCGUAGACAGUGAGACGAUCGAGAGGGCAGUGUGCUCUAGAAUUCGCCUGUGAAAGCAUCGGAACGCGCUUCGCUGAAAAUGGACAAUCAAGCUACGGCAGAUCAAACUUCGACAUCAGAAGUGGGAUUCGGCCCUGAACAAUCUACUGCAAGGGAUGUCUUCGCGUUGCUAGAGCAGCAAAACAGAAAUUUUUUGGCAUUGCUUAAGGGGCUACAGACGCCGGCGAGCGAGGUGCAACCUAGUAGCGAGAUCUGCUUGCCAAAAUACAAUCCGGACAUUGCGGGUGUAGACGCCACGCAGUGGGCCGCUACAGUCGAUAUAAUUUUACGAACAAAACCGUUGAGUGACAGCGCGCUAAUAUUAGUGUUGAGUAAAGCCUUGGAAGGCUCAUCGGCCCAGUGGUUAUCACAAAUUUGUUACCCAGGAAUAACCUGGCCACAGUUCCGGCAAUUAUUUGAGCAGCGUUACGAAACAUCGGAGACGCCAGCCGCUGUCAUUUCGAAUCUACUUAGCAGCCGUCCAAGCAAUGGUGAAAGCUUGCCCGUUUAUGCGAGUCGCUGCGUGACGUCACUAUGUACAAAACUCCGAAAUUUGAGUUCAGAACAAAUUGCCAUCGCGUUGGUUCUGGGACACAUGGGUAAUUUCGACCGACGUUUGCAGCGGACGCUACAUACAACGCAUAUAACUAGUCGACGAGAACUGCAAGCGGAGUUGCAAGCGUUCUCGGCACUGAGAGAACGUCCUGUCAUGUCAAAUGGGGAACCAGAGGCCAAGCGUGCUAGAACCAUGGAAAUCAAAUGCUACCAAUGUGGAAAACCUGGCCAUAAGAAACAAGACUGCAAAUCUGGAAAGAGUACUCAGGCUCCGGCAACUGCGAGGGAGUGGCGUGCAGGGCAGCCUCGACUUGGAAGGGCUAAUGUGAUAUGCUACAGAUGUCAGGAGCCAGGACACAUUGCCACAAAUUGCCCGAAUAAAAAGCAGAGUACCGGAUCGGGAACGAAAUCGGAAAAAAGAGUGGAGCUGUGCGCUGUAGGGGAGCCUCAAUCGAGUAUGCUGGUAAAUGGUGAGAAAUUUCCAAUUACAUUUGACUCGGGAGCCGAGUGCUCAUUAGUUAAAGAAAGCAUAUCUAAUAAGAUAGUUGGUAAGAGGAUUCAUAAUGUUAUCUCGUUAAAGGGAAUAGGUAAUGCCAAUAUUUGUAGUACUGUACAAAUUGAAUCAAACAUCAUGAUUGACGGUAACUCGUUGGUUGUUUUGUUCCAUGUAGUGCCAGAUGAAUGCAUGAAGAAUAAUAUUGUAAUUGGCAGAGAGAUAUUGGCUCAAGGGUUCUUAGUGGAAGUUGCGUACGAUAAUUUUAAGAUUGUCCAAAGUAAAGUUGUAAACAUUUGCGAAACCUAUCAACCCACUAAUUUCGAUGCCAUUGAAACUGAAAUGCUUGGAAAAGAAAAAGAAAUUUUAAUAUAAUUAUUGAAACAAUACUCAAAAUCUUUUAUUGAAGGCACUCCGCAAACGCGGGUGGAUACUGGGGAAAUGCAUAUUCGUUUGAUUGAACCAACUAAGACCGUGCAAAGGCGACCAUACAGAUUUAGUCCAAGCGAAAGGGAGUUAGUACGUGCUAAAAUUAAAGAAUUAAUCGAGUAUAAAGUUAUCAGACCUAGUAGUUCACCAUUUGCUAGUCCUGCAUUAUUAGUAAAGAAGAAAAAUGGUUCAGCAAGACUUUGUGUUGAUUAUAGAGAAUUGAAUAAAAAUACUGUAGCUGAUAAGUUCCCAUUACCGUUGAUAUCAGAACAAAUAGCUAGACUUAGGGGAGCUAAAUAUUUUACUUCUCUUGAUAUGGCUAGCGGGUACUACCAGAUUGCAAUGCACCCUGAAUCGAUUGAGUAUACUGCUUUUGUUACUCCUGAUGGGCAGUAUGAAUUUCUUUCAAUGCCUUUCGGAUUAAAGAACGCACCCUCAGUUUUUCAAAGAGCUGUAUUGAAAGCACUUGGAAGCCUUGCUCAUACGUUUGUAAUUGUUUAUAUGGACGAUAUAUUAAUUGUUUCAGAAACUAAGGAAGAAGCGUAUGAGCGAUUGCAACAGGUAUUAAGCGUUCUGGUGAAGGCUGGGUUCUCUUUUAACAUUUCGAAGUGCUUUUUCUUAAGCUCUACAAUUCGCUACCUUGGCUAUGAGAUAACAGCGGGGAGAUACGCCCAAACUUAAGCAAGAUAGAAUCUCUUGUGGCGUUGCCUCCACCAAAGUCAGUUGCUUCUUUAAGACAGUUUAUUGGAUUAGCGUCAUAUUUUCGUCAAUUUAUUCCGGGGUUUUCUCAACUGAUGAAGCCUUUAUAUUUUCUCACGUCCGAAAAAAAUAGUUUUGAAUGGCAAACACAGCAUGAGGAAAUUCGCAGUAAAAUAAUCGGCGUAUUAACAAACAAGCCUGUUUUGAUUAUUUUUGACCCUCAGUUUCCGAUAGAACUGCAUACCGACGCCAGCUCGAUUGGCUAUGGUGCUAUUCUUUUACACCGAAUAAAUUCAAAGCCUCAUAUGGUUGAAUAUUAUAGUAGAGCAACUAGCUCCUGUGAGUCCAGAUACACAUCCUACGAGUUGGAAACCCUGGCUGUCGUAAAUGCAGUAAAACAUUUUCGUCUCUAUUUGCAUGGGAGAAAAUUCGUGAUUUUUACUGAUUGUAAUUUAAUCAAAUCUUCGCGUAAUAAAGUCGAGUUGUCACCUAGGGUUUAUCGUUGGUGGGAGUUUCUACAAACAUUUGAAUUCGAAAUUGAAUAUAGAGAAGGUAAACGCAUGGCACAUGUAGACUUUUAUCUAGGAAUCCGGUGUGUCAAAAGUCAGUAUCAAGAAAAACAGAAGAGAAACGAAUUGACUUAACAGAAAUAUCAGAAAACUGGAUUUUGGUGGAACAACAAAAGGAUCCAGAAAUAUUAGAAAUCAUCAAAUGUUUUGUAUAGAAAGAUCCAGAGAAAUUCAAAAACUCGUUGUUUACCUGUAGUUCCUCGUGCGUUCCGUUGGUCAGUUAUAAAUCAGGUACAUGAGUCUAUCAUGCAUAUAGGUUGGCAGAAAA